GUUGCUUCCAAAGACAGGGUUCCGAUGCGUGCAGUUUUUUAGGCCAGCCAGCCCUGCGUCGCGUCUCGGCUUCUAGCAAUCCUUUUGCAACUGCUGAUUGAAGUCAUGGACUUUGGAGUUGAUCAAAAGCCGCCGUCACCAAAAAGAGUGUGGCCAAAAAAUCUCACUGAUCGAAUUGCAUUUUCCUUCACCCAUAUCGGAUUGACUGGUAUAAUUCUGUUCAACCUUUUUGUCGUUUUGCCGAUUUACCACAAACCGUUUUCAUUUUGGUACAAUUUUCAUUUAUUUAACGGACUUUUCAUCGCUUUUGGGGUGUUCACUAAUCUUUACAUGACUAUACUAACAGACUCGACGGUUAAAAGCUCGGAGAUAAGUUUACCUUCAGUUCUAUUGCCGGGAUGGUAUUACUGUCAUAACUGCCGCAUGAAUGCCCCGCCCAGGAGUCACCACUGCCCCCUUUGUGAUAUCUGUGUCCUUAAACGUGAUCACCAUUGCAUUUUCACUGGAAACUGUGUCGGACACAUAAACCACCGGUAUUUUAUCUGCAUGUCACUAUACUUGUGGUUGGGUGCUUUCUAUACCAUGAUGUUUGACUUUGAAUACUUCUCAUCUGUACUCGGAGGAUUCGGCCCCCAAACGUGGCUGAAGAUGGUUUUUCCCAUGGUAGCUUACCUGCUUGGCUACUGCUCUUUACACCAACUUGGAAUAUUAUUUGUUUGUGGAGUUUGUUGUAUGGCAAUGUUUCUAUUCACUUGCUUGAUGUCUUUCCAAAUAUUCUUCAUAUCACGCGGACAGACACAAUUUGAAUGUAAAAAGAAGAUCAAAGAUUAUCAAAAGAAUUUCAAGCAAAACUGGGUUGAAGUCCUUGGUAAAAGAUGGUAUCUGCCCAUAUUUGGAUAUUUCUUAAAGUCAAGACUACCAGGGGAUGGGACUCAUUUCUCCAAGACAACUGCCUUUGACUCGAAUAAUGACCAUGUGAAAUUCAUGUAGUAAACCUUCUAAGAUAUCUGAUUUGGGAAGAAUGGAUCUAGCAGUGACUUAUGCUUUUGGCAUUUAUCUGACCAAAAAUGCUUGUAAACAUAAUGCCUAGCCUUCUUAGCAAUUGGAAAUAAACUAAAGCCACUUAUUUUUGUUUUGAAAAAGGAAUGGAAUGGACAAUGCUCACACAUUCCAUCUUCUUAAGUAUUAUAUGUAAGGCAUCAUGGUCUGAUUUAUGUGCUAUUAUAUGAUAUUCAAUAAGUAAAACAAAUGUACUUCACCAAUAAUGGAAUCUGCAAUAAAGGCUACAAUUAGUUGCCACAAAAUUGAGUGUUUGCUGGAUUGAAAUUGGUAAGAAGAUUUCAAAUUUUGGUUACUGUAAAUGGUGCAGAAAAGACAUGCAGUAGAAUACUUAGUAUCAUUAAAUUGCAAGGAGAAAGCAAGAGACAAUCUUUGUAAUUAGAAUUGCCAUUAUAAACUGAUGAAUAAUUGCUGUUUAGGAUAACUUGAAAUAUACACUACCCUCCCAAAAGUAUUCAAAUGGAAGCCAAUGUUGCUACUGUGCCAGGUCAAGUUGAUAAAAAAAUUAAAAGUUAAUUGCUUAUAUUUAUAGAAUGACAAUAGGAAUCACUUUAAAAUUGACAAACAAGGUUCUUCGCAAACCCUGCUACAAUUCUUUGGCUCCUAUAAGAAAACUUUUCAUCAUAUGAACGACCUGCCUGCUGUAAAGACUUGAUGACCAUUUACUUAGCUUCAUCCAUAUUUGGGUUUUACCAGUGCCCAAAGAAAAACACUAUUUCCGCUUUUUAGAACAAUUUUCCCAGUAUACUUUAUCCAAACAACAUUUUUCUGGAUUAUAUUUUUAUUUUGCUUAUUUCCUGACGCCAACAUUUUAUUUUCCUGCCAAAAUAUGAUCUUACAUUUCUGCUAACACUUGUAAAAAUUAGGCCCAAAGUUUUGCCAGACCAUCGAAUACUUUUGGGAGGUGUGUGUACAUUCAUGCACUUCUGUUUGUAAAUAUUUAUCAACUUAAGAACAUGUAGAAUAAUAAAACAAAUGCUGGCUCCAA